AUGGAUGGUUUCGAGUCUACAGAAGGCAUUAUUGUUCUGGGUGCAACAAAUCAAGCAGAAAACUUAGAUAAAGCUUUACUAAGACCUGGUCGUUUUGAUGUUCAAAUCUUUGUAUCACCACCAACUUAUGAAGGAAGACUUGCUCUUCUAAAGCUAUACUUACGGAAAGUGAAAACAGGUUCAACUAUUGACGUUGAGAAAUUGGCUCAUGGAACUGUUGGCUACACGGGUGCAGAUAUACAAAAUCUAGUCAACCAAGCUGCUCUCGCUGCUGGUCUACAAAAUGAUCCCGUUGUUGAAAUGCAUCAUUUAUGGGAAGCUCGAGAUCGUUUAAUAAUGGGACCUGCUAAACGUCGACCUUUAGAUGAUCAAACUAAUAAAGUAUCAGCUUUUCAUGAAGCUGGUCAUGCUCUAGUUGCAUUGUUAACAGCUGAUAGUACACCGUUGCAUAAGGUUACAAUUAUUCCUCGAGGUGAAGCUGGCGGUCUUACUAGCUUUUUACAAGAUAAAGAUAUGAGCUUUAUGACACGUGCACAACUUUUAGCUCAGUUAGAUGUAUUAAUGGGAGGUCGUGUUGGCGAAGAGUUGGCUUUCGGUGAAGACAAAGUUACCACUGGUGCUGCAGAUGACUUCAGAAAAGCAACUGUUUUAGCUCAAAAUAUGGUGAAACGAUUCGGUUUCUCAAGUAAACUAGGACCAAGAAUUAUUCCAGAUGUUCAUGAUGGCCAACUGAGUCAAACAACACGUGAUAUGAUUGAUAAAGAAGUUGACCAAUUACUAAAUGACUCUCUGACACGUGUACGCACUCUUCUUUCAGGUCAUUCUAAACAGCAUAAAUUACUUGCAGAAGCAUUACUACAUUUCGAGACUUUGACUAAAGAUGAAGUUGUAGCUGUGUUGGCGGGCAAAGUAAAACCUCCGAAAAACUCACCUCCAUCCUCAAAGCCAACAAGCCUUUUGCCUCAACUUGGCUCUUCAACAUUAUCGCCGCCACCACCGCCUGAAAUUCAUGUAUAA